AUGGCUUUCAUGGAGACUUUGUUAUCUCUAAUCUUUCUCCUCUCAAGUUCAUUACUGCUACAUUCUGUUGCUGUUCAUGAAAGUCCUGAGUCCAUCACUCUAAGCCUCAUUCACCCAUUCUCUAUCCACUCACCAUUCUAUCCAGGGAAGAACGUAACAGAUGUGGAGAAGAUUAAUCUACUUAUUAAAGCCACAGAAGCCCAUAUGCAGCAUCUAUUCCCAACCACAACAAUGAGACGACAAGGAAGCCAAAACGGUAGCAGUGAAAUUGACGACAUAGGAGCACUUGUCGGAUUUAAUGGUGCCUAUUAUCUAGCCAUUGUGGGUAUAGGUUCAUUUCCACCAGUUCCUGGCCCAAAGUUUAAGACUUAUUCCUUGGUAAUGGACACUGGAAGCGUCAUGACAUGGGUGCAAUGUGAAGGUUGUGAUCCUUGCUUACCCCUAUUGCAACCCAAUUUCCCAUACAGACGAUCUCAGAGUUAUAGUUCUAUUCCUUGUGGUCACAAAGACUGUCCAACUCCAGAACGGGAUUGCCAUGGACAGUCUUGUGGAUUCAAAGUACGCUAUGGGGAUAUUAACCGUGGACCCAUAACGAGGGGAACCAUUGUAAGAGAGACCUUAGCCUUCACUUCUGAUAUAUCUAGAGGAGCUAUAGUCUCUUAUAGCAAUUCAUUCUUGGGUUGUGGCUUACAUAGCUCCAACUAUGGGUUUCCAACACAGAGUACUGUUGCUGGGAUUUUGGGCUUAGGGCCUGGAGGCUAUGGAACAAAACCCAUAUGGAAGCAAGUAGCCAAAAAACGCUUCUCUUAUUGCUUAUUUAUCUCUGAACAUGCCAGUUCAAAGUUAUAUAUUGGAGGUGAAAGGAUGGUAGGACCACAAGUUGUGUCUACACCAUUGGUGGGAGGAUCUAACCCAACACUCUACUAUGUGGACUUGCAUGAUAUUAGCAUUGCAGGAAUUCGCCUUGGACUACAGAGAUCAGCCCUCUCUGGUGGUUGCGCCAUAGAUACAGGAGCUCCAAUGACUUCACUAGUUGCUAAUAUUUAUGCACUUGUGAGAGCUAGUUUUGUUCGAUACUUUGCACAGUAUGGUAUUCAACCAUAUGGUAGUCGAGGUAGACCAAGCAAUUUGCCUGAUUUAGAUCUUUGUUUCCCAAAGCCACCUAGUUUUAAUAGGUUUCCAACUAUGACUUUCCAUUUCAGAGAAGCUGAUCUUGUUGUGCAGCCCACCGGUAUAUUUUCAAUGGGGACAAAUUAUAUUUGUGUUACAAUUAAACCAGCCACUGAAACAUUGAUUGGAGCGCAUCAGCAAACGCAACACAGGUUCUUCAUUGAUUUUGAGUUGGGAAAUAGAGUCUUCUUUGCUCCUGAGAAUUGUGGAGCUACUACUUAA